GCUCAAAGAUGGCCGCCGGCGGCUUCGGCGUGCGCGGAGGUGGGAGGUGAGGGGCGGCCGGGCCGGGCUGCGGGAAGAUGGCAGAGAGCGAGCGGCGGGCAGGCACCUCUGAGGAGGUGGCUCCUCCUGUCCAGCAAUGCUUCAUGGUCCCCAAAAAGGAGAUAAAUGUGGUUUCUGACAUGGCCAAGUGGAAACGAUCUCAGGCAUAUGCAGACUACAUGGGCUUCAUCCUCACUCUGAAUGAAGGUGUCAGGGGCAAGAAGCUGACCUGUGAAUACAAAAUUUCAGAGCCCAUUGAAAAGCUGGUGGCUCUGCUGAACACCCUCGACAGAUGGAUCGAUGAAACCCCGCCCGUGGAUCAACCUUCUCGCUUUGGGAACAAAGCCUUCAGGACCUGGUAUGCCAAACUGGACCAGGAGGCAGAAAAGUUGGUGUCAGCAGUGAUUCCCAAGCAUUUGGCUGAUGCUGCCCCAGAAGUGGCCGUGUACCUGAAGGAAUCUGUGGGGAACUCCACCCGCAUUGACUAUGGCACAGGGCAUGAAGCUGCAUUUGCAGCCUUUCUGUGCUGCCUCUGCAAAAUCGGUGUGCUCAGAGUGGAUGACCAGAUGGCCAUUGUCUUCAAAGUGUUUAACAGGUACCUGGAAGUGAUGCGAAAACUGCAGAAAACCUACAGGAUGGAACCUGCUGGCAGCCAGGGUGUGUGGGGCUUGGAUGACUUCCAGUUCCUGCCUUUCAUAUGGGGCAGUUCCCAGCUGAUAGACCAUCCCAGCCUGGAGCCUCGGCACUUUGUUGAUGAGAAAGUGGUAAAUGAAAACCAUAAGGACUUCAUGUUCCUGGAGUGCAUCCUCUUCAUUACAGAGAUGAAGACAGGCCCCUUUGCCGAGCACUCCAACCAGCUCUGGAACAUCAGCGCCGUGCCCUCCUGGUCCAAGGUCAACCAGGGCCUCAUCCGCAUGUACAAGGCAGAGUGCCUGGAGAAGUUUCCUGUGAUCCAGCACUUUAAGUUUGGCAGCCUGCUCCCCAUCCAGCCUGUGACAUCUUAAGGAGACCGCAGGAGGAGCCGAGGCAGCGGAGGCACAGCACGGCGCUCUUCCUCCUCCCCUCACCCCUCCUCACCACCCAGCCCAUCCAUUCCUGCACAUCCUCAUCGGCAACCACAGAUCCAAAGCACAGGGAUGGGACCUGGAGCAGCUCCUCCUGCACGUCCUCACCCUGGGGACAUCUCGCCAGCGGCCGAGCCGGGGCCGCGCUGCUCUGCUCUGUCCCUGCCGGGAAUGAGGAUGGGCUUGAGCAGGGGCUGCCCUGCAGAAAAGGCCUCUGCUUGGCUUCCCAAGAGAAAGGGGUGUGGAGGGGAGGAAGGCACGUGUGUAUGUGUUGGGCAGUGGUAACUGCAAUUUCCCUUUUGAAUUUCAUUGGAGUUUCCUGUUGCUGUUUACUUUGGGAAACGGCUGCGUGGGGUGAGGUGUGAGCCUGUGCGUGUCUGUAUCAGCCAGCUCUGCCUGCACUGGAGGUCUGAACUGGGGAAAGGGAGUUGUAGGGAGUGUCUGUGGGUUGUGGAAGCCCAGGAUACCAUCUCUCCCUUUUUCUGGGUAAGGAGAGCGCCCUCCCUCCACCUCUUCUGCAAGAGGCCUUCCUUUCUCACUAGCACCUCUUCUCUUGGGUGAAGCUGGGAACCUCCUGGCUGUGGGCAUCUGAGCUGGCUCUGGAGCUGGAGACAAGGUCCUGGAGGGAUCCAGCUCUGUGGGAACAGCUAUGCAAAGACACUGCUCAGGCCCCCUCUGAACUGGCACAAACCCUGACACAUUCACACACAUCCAUAACUGGGUCCAACCUGCCCUCUACAAUCCCCUGCUUUGCUGCUCUGAGGCUGGGCUGGCCUCAGUGGCACAAGGUGACCGUGGUUGCUCCUGCUUGAUCAUAAAUUGUAGUGGCACCCCCGUGGCAAAGGGAUUUCCCCAUGAAGCAGCUCUUUGAGGGGGACAUCCCUGGAGCACAGGCAGCAUGAGGGGACAGCAUGCAGCUUCUCAUGCAUUCACAUACUCAUGCUGGAAACAAAAGCAUAAAUAGCCCAGGACAGCAGGUUAUACCUGGAGAAAGCUCUUUCCCUUUGUCCUUCCCUGCUGGUGUUGCUGUGCUGGACCUCAGGCAGGGGAGCCACACUUGCAGUGCCACCAGCAGGAGUGUGUGUAAGACAGGUGCUGUGGAUCCCACCAGCAGCAUCACUGGAGGGCAGAAGGGGCUGGUGCUGUUUUUGAGAUGAGCUGUCUGUCCACAGGUCGUGACCAAGCUGGUGCACAGCUUUGCAGCUGCAGUGGGGUUGUUUCUUCUUGGGGCUCCAGGCUGGGUAUGGCAGGGACAGAGGUCUGGGUUGGGUUUGCUGGGGAUCAGGAGCAGCAGGAAUCCUUCCUCUGGCAUUCCUGCAGACCAUGAAGGGGCUGCCCCCAGCCAGGCUGCUCAGCUUUUGCUGCUGCACUGCUUUACUGCUGGGCUGGGAGGAGGAGAAGUGGUUGGGAUUUUUUUCUCUUUUUAUUAUUAUUUUUUCAUUAUUUUUAACAGACCUACUCACUCCCUCUUGUAAAGGUUCUUGCGGGCACUCAGGGGAAGGAGAUUAAAAAAGAGUUAAGAGGUGGUGAAAUGUCCACGGAGCUGAAGCAGAGCUUUCUGGCACUGUUGCUGUCCUGUCUGCUCCUGGCUUGGCCCUGGGCAGGAGGUGGGGGACAAGGAGCUUUUGACCUGCCUGAAACAACUAUAAACUUCUAUUUUAAAUGAAAAUGGAAGACUGGGGUUAAGUCUUGUUUUACUCCUAAAUGGGAUGUGUUUUGUCUUUGCUUUCAAAUGGAUCCACUCCUGGAAUGUUGCUGGAGAUCUGUGUGCUUGCUGGGACUUGAUGAGUCCAUCUUCAGUGGAGCAGAGACUCAUGGUGCCUCCACCUGUGUCCCCUCACAUUGCUGUAUCUUUUGGCAGGUGUCCCCAUACUUUAAAUAACUGUGCAGCAUCUAGCCAGCCAUGGCAGGGCAAAAAGCCCCUGGUUUUCUCUGCCUGAGGGUCAGGAACGCAUCUCUCUAGGUUGUCUUGUGGAAAUGAGGCUUCCAUGCAAAAGGAUGGGUGGAAAUUUUGACAUGGAUACAUGGGAGGCACUCCAGGAUGUGGAAUACAGCACCGAAAAAGGGUGGAGAGGUGCUUCCUUCCCCUGCAGCUGCAGCAUUGCUCCCUGGGACAGUGUCCCUGGGCUGGGGCCCGCGGAGGCGGUGGGAGGAGGCUCACGCGCGGCUUUGUGUUUGUUGCUUGCCCGAGUCUGCACAUCUGUCCUGCUGGGGGUUUUGGGAUGUCAAGCAGCUAAUUCUCGUUUGAGUCCUCUCAGCCCGCUUGGGAUGUGCCCCUGUCACGUGGCAGCCACUUGCUUUGCCUCCCUGCUGCUCCCAGUGACAUCCCCCAUGGGCUCAGCUCCUCUGCCCACGCACGUGGCAGCACCAGGGCUGCUCCGUGUCCAAAGCAGCACUUCCCACCUCCCCCUGUGUUGUAGGUUUAAUUAAAGUUUCUGUGUUUUGCA